GGACUCGAGGUGAUUGGGGUAGUCUGGCCCCUGGUCACGGUCGCAGCGUGUUUCCUCGCAGCGCGGGUCAGCAUCAAGCGGCGGUCACGCAAGGGUCUGUGGUGGGACGACGUCCUCCUUAUUGCCUCGUGGGUGAUGCUGGUUCUCUUUGCAAGUGCGACGACGUACUGUGUACAUAUCGGCCUGGGCAGCCACAGCGGCGCCGCGGGUAUCCAGCAAAGGCCCAUGCAGUUGUGGACCAUCAUAGCCACCGUGUUCGCGGUUCUGGGCGCCGCGUGGAGCAAGACGUCCUUCGCACUUACCCUGCUCCGCAUCACCAAGGCCAGCCAGGGCAGGACACUGUACUGGUCCAUCUGGGCCAUCGUGGCCACUAUGAACGCAGUGCUAUUCUUCAACGCCAUCAUCUGGUUCAUCUACUGCAAGCCAGCUGCGGGGGCACGGGAUGCAGACCUGCACGCGCAGUGCUGGGAGCGGGGCGUCGUUGUCAGGUAUACCGAGUUCGCGGCAGCGUACUCGGCAGCCAUGGAUUUUGUGCUGGCUGUGCCGUGGGUAAUCUUCAUGAAGCUGCGGAUGAGGCUGAAGGAGAAGCUCGGUGUGGUCGUCUGUAUGAGCCUUGGUGUAUUUGCCGGCUGCACCUCAAUCAUGCGUUCCAUCACGGUGCCGACAUUGUCCUCGAGCGACUAUACCUAUGAGACAGGUCAGCUGUUCAUCUGGACGGGCGCCGAAUUAGCAACAACCAUCGUGGCGGCAUCCAUUCCUGUGCUGCGGGCCUUAUUCAGCGACCUC